AAGUGUUUAAGCCUAAGUGUAACAUAAAUAAUAUGCAUGUUUUGUUUCAGCAGCUUCGGUCUUCAUCUGGUUUUGGUCGUGUGCGGGUUCUAUGUAAGGAAUUUCUGGGAGACAUCAAAGCGCUGUGGAAAUACGGUGCACCUUUUCCCACUUUCCUCAAACUCAUUGGAACAUUGCUCUUGUGCCUUAUAGUUAUGAUGCCUUUAAUCUAUCCAUUAUUCAUUUUCGUUGUUACAUACGUCACUUGUGAGAGUUUGUUCCUAAGUUGGUGGCUUGAUCAACCGGGACGAUUUCAACCAGUCGCAAUAAUAAAACGUGGUUUAUCGUUUGUAUUUCGGCAAUUCAGCGCAACAGAUACGUGGAAAGUUCGCGAAGUUCUCACUCGAGCUAUAUUACUUGCUCAUUCAUUCGCUACUUCUGUGGACUAUCUCUGUGUUAUGCAGGGCUUACUUGAUGAAACAUAAAAGAUUCUUUCAAUCUAAGAUUUCGUAUCAAAGGUGUCGAUAAUUCACAAAAGUAUUUCCUUGUGGUGAAUACGGCUUAUCAAAUCCACCCAACUAUUGAUAUU